AUGGCGAUGACUACUGUAUUAAAGAAGUUAUUACCCUUUGCAUUUCCUUCAAGGACGAAACAGGAACAAUCAGAAGAUAAAAAUACACGUCGAAUGGUAAUAGUAUCUCGAUCAAUAUAUAAAAAGCAACAAAAGAACAAGAAUGCUAAAGUAAAUAAAAAAGAUAUUGAACAACAACAAGAAGAACCUAAGUUUCCAAUUGAUUAUAAAGCACCAAAUAAUGACCCUAUGUAUAUUGAAGCUAUUGAUGAAGCAAUACGCUAUAAAUUAAUUCACCAAGGUAAUGAAUCAGAUAUUAGUACAUUAACAACAAUUGGUAGAAUUAUAACUCAAUAUCAAAAGGAUAAUAAUCCAUAUAGACAACAUUAUAAUGGAGUUCAUAUUGUAAGAAACCCAAGUACAAAUAGUGAUAACAGUAACAAUGAAAUUAUUAAUAAAGAUACAAAUUUAAAUAAACAAAUUUCUAUUGAUACAAUAGCUGGGACAACAAAUAUUACAGGAACGAGACGAAAACCAUCUAAAAAGAAUCGUAAUACAAUGAUAGAUCCUUUGAACGAUGUUACUAACAAUAAUAUUAAUGAAAUUCAUUUAUUAAAUAAAAGGUCAACUAAUACCAUUGAUCAUAGUGGUGGUAGUUAUGACAGUUCAGAUAAACCAUUAAGAAAGAAGUUACAAAAGAGUAAAAGCAAAAGUAGUCGAUUAGAUAAACUUAAGAUAAAUAAAAUGAUUAUUCAAACCAAUACAGAAAGUGUUAUGAAAGGUAUGUAUUAUAAUAAGUUAAAAUUAUUUAACUUAAACUUACUAACUCCAACCCCCGUUGUUCAUGUUUUAAAAAUAAAAUUUUAA